AGAGCAGUCAGUAGCCUUCGAGCAGUCUAAUACAGAAGUGCACGAUGAGAGUUCUGAUUGUCGCCGCCGUCCUCGCCUGCGCCGCAGCCGCGCCCUCCGGCCUGCUGGCAGCACCCUACGGCCAUGGCCUCGUCGGCCACGGUGGGCUUGCAGUGGGCCACGCUGGGCUCGCAGUGGCCCACGCGGCUCCCUACGCGGUGGCUCACGCCGCCCCGUUGGCCGUGGCCCAUGCCCCGGUAGCCGUCGCCCACGGCCCCGCUCUCCCCACCAUCUCCCCCGGAGACAUCGCUGGUGCUGCCAUCGACGCGCACGUUGAAGCCUCCGACCACGUUCGUGCCGCCGCCGACGCCGCCCGCGAAUACCACGACCAGGCUUCCGAGCUCCAUGGCCAGGCCAUCAACGCCGCUGAGGACCACUCUUGGCAAGCCGUUGAUGCCGUGAAGACCGCUGAGGCUCAGUUGGACGGUGCCGCCGCUGGCGUUGCCCCCGUGCUGGCUAAGCAGCUGGCUGGUCAUGGUCACGCUGGUCUGGUUGCCGCUGCCCCUGUUGCCUACGGCGCUCACGGUUACGCCGGUCACGGUGUGGGCAUCGCCCCCGCUGUCGCGUACGGUGGUAGCCACUCCGUGUCCAGCUCCUCGCUGUCCCAGACCCACCCCGCCCCCGUGGUGCACGCUCCCCUGGCCGUCGCUCACGCCGCUCCCCUGGCGGUAGCUCACGCCGCCCCCGUCGCCUACGCUCAUGGACUCCACGGACACGCAUGGUAAACUGUGAUAAACUUUAGAUACCAAAAAAAUAAUACUCAAUGUUUUGGAUUUUGUAAAUAAAUUAUAUAUAAAAAAAAAGUAUACAGGCUAAACAGAGGCGAGGAUGUGUGAAUAAAUGAAAUAGUAAUUUUAA